AUGCGUGUCUCGUCCAUCAUCAUCUCCGGUCUUCUGGGCCUUGGUGCUACAGCUACCAGCUUCACCUCCACCGGCACUCUCGACGGCGGCUUCAGCAUCCCUGAUGACAUUCCUGACGGUGUCUACUCGGUCUCCUACGACGAUUCCGGUCUGGCCGUGCACACGGCCAUCGAGGAUCUAGAGGUUCGCGACAUCGGCGCCGUUCCCUCCAUCGAGACGCGCGAUCGUGCCGGUGGUGCUACGCUUGGCAAGCGUGACUGGUACCACGACUGCGGCGGCCACCAGAACAUGGACCACGGCGCCACCGACAGGGCGGUAGACUCACUCAAGUGGGAGUGCGGCGGCGGCAAGGAAAUUGGGGUCGGCGAGCGCCUGUACGGCAUCUCGAGCGGAGGCGGCCAGCGUGUCGUCGCCUUCUUCUGCCUGUUCUCCCACGGUGGCAACCGACGCAGCUGCUAUAGCGACGAGGCCGCUCAGCGUUUCGCCUCCAUCACCAACGUCUGCGGCUGGUACGUCUCAGGCUGGACUGACUGGUGGUCUGGCAGCACUAAGGAGUACACCUACGGCUACCACGUGCUUGGCGACAACAACAAUUUUUGCGGCAGGGCAUAA